AUGCAAGACCACAGUAGUAGCAUGACUGACAAUUCUUUACAAAAGCUCUUUAAAGGUCAAACACUUAUAUCCUCAUACUUUACUAGUAUGUCCAAAGAGGUUACAAAGGUUUCAGUCCAAUCAGACUCCAAUCAGACACAAAUUGAAGCUCAAAUUCAACCAAAAGAAACUGCAGAAGUCGAACAAACAUCAGAGCAACCUUCAGAACAAACAAUAACACAACAAACUACAGAAGCUCAAGUUGUUUCAGUCCAUUCAGACACAAAUUGA